AUGAAACGUCAGAGUUCGACAAAGAGAACAGAGGAGAGAAAAGAUCGUGAAGCGUUGAAGUUUGCUGGUAAUGAAGCAACAGAUGGCACACACAAACUGAAUCUAUCUUUCAAGGUGAUGCAGUGUAGUCGAUCAGCUGACUGGCCGACCGAGCAGAUAAGGAUACAAACAGAUCUACACCUAGACUGCAUCGAGAAGCGAGAAGCGAGCAAACAACAUCAUAUCGAGGUACAAAUAGAGAGGAAAUUACAAGUUGGCACAACACCCAAAAUCGAUGACUUACACACAAUCAGAAUAAUCUACGACAGCGAGUGUAGCGUUGCUCGCUUGGCCAUGCUCUCUCUCUCAGUGGCUUACGCUUGCUAA